AUGGCCCCUGUCCCCAUACUUCCCCACACCGUCGCCCUCGUCCUCCAGUACAUCGCCCCGCCCUCCCAGCUCGACCAGCCCCUGCCCAAGCACCUCAUCUCACGUCUCUUGCUCAACCGACAUGAGUUUCUCGGCAUAUACCCGACUAAUCCACCGGAGUAUCUAUGUUGGUCCGCCGACGGCAGAGACGCCGCCAUCGACGCUCUCGAACACAUCCAGAAGCCAGAGGUAGACGCCGCUCCGCCCGACUACCCCGUGCAAUACGAGAUCGACGAGGAGAACGUGUCGGCGUAUGUGCGGAUGCCGGGCUCCGAUCUCAGGUUGACCUUCGUGUGGGACGACGAAGAUGGAUGGACGUUCCACGACAUACGAUUGGCCGGGUUCCCUCCAAGGAGUACGCCCUCGCUCCAGGAAGCGCUGUCCAGGGCUGCAGAACCCGAACCCGUUGUAUCCUCGCAGACGUCUUAUAGCUUUUUGUCGGCACAGCAUCGCCGCUCUUCAGGCCCGGCGAACCAUUCAAGCGGCACCGAUCAUGAGGACGAUGGAUCGUAUUGGGACGCAUACGGCGCGCAGAGCGAUGACGAGAACGGCACGCGAUCACGCGGAGGACGUAGUACCAAGUCCGGAGCAGACGGGACCGAAGACGCGUACUGGGCUUCAUAUUCCUCUAUCCAUGGGACCGCCGAUUCAACCAUACCCUCGCCGCUGCCGGCACAUCGCCGCCAACAGGUUUACGGGGCUCAUGCACAUGGAUACGACCCAUCCUCAGAUCCCUAUACCCAAGAUGUCCAGGCUGCGAAUGGGCCUGGCCGAGUCGCAAUACCCCGAUCCGCAUUUCCCGGCAAAGGAUAUGUCGAAGGCGAACCGCCGUCGCCGCAUACACUCUCCAACCUGCUCUCCUCAAUCCCGGACGACCUCGUUGGUUCCAGGCGAGCCGUCCCCGUCUGGACGCCGUCUCCUCAGUCUCGCUCCAGCGAGGCUCCCAAGACGCCCUCAGAUCCCGUAGGUGCCAGCGUUGCAUCGGAAUCCAUCUCUUCUGGCGCAUCCACUCCACCGACCAACCCGCCGAUGGCGGAAGCGGGUGGCGUUUCUCUUGCCUAUGACAGAGCAGACGGAGACUUCGACUUCAACGCCGGCUCCGUGGACAUCGUUUCUGCUCGAGUGAGCGGGGUGAAGGAGAGUGAGGCGGAUGUUGCGCUCAAGCACAGCAUCGCGGGGUUGUACAGACUCUGGAAGGGAGGUCGUUCGCCAGGCGCUGGUCUUUACGAAGACGACAGCGCAGUGUUCCUCAGGUUAGUUCGGGAAGCUGUUACGGACUGA